GAAAGUUCCUGAGUUCGAGGGUUCUUCGCAGCAAUUCCAAGGUGAGAAAGGUAUGGUACGGGCAGAUUCGAAUCUAUUAGAUUCAGGAAGUUAACCAGCCAAAAAUACGGAAGGAUUCGACCCACGGAAAACAUUAAGCCACCAUGCCUCCCAAUAGGCUAUAAAAUUCAAUUCAUCGUACCAUAUCUUCAAUCUCUGGCUUGAGAUCCAAACCCCGCAGUCAUUCUCGGCGUGUUCCCCGCCACGGGUAUUAUUUCAUUUGCACUGAAAGAUCACGAGUUAUAGCUUUGGAAACCAUUGUGCCACACUCCAGGAAUAUAUAAAUCGCAAUAUUGCCCGAAUGAUUUAUUUGCAGAAAUCAAAGUUUCAGAAAUGCCUCCUCUAUCAUCAAUAAUUUUUGCGGUUCAGGGCUGUUUCAAUUUCCUGAACGGAGCUGCCCCUCUUUUAUCUUCUACAGCCGCAAGGAAAAAUGCCGAAAUGCUGCUGACGGACUCGAAACACGCUAUUCAUGUUUUAGCUCUGUCAUGUAUGUCAAUAGGCUCGCUCUACCUUGUCGCUGCUAAGAGAGGAGACAAGCUUGCCAUGUGGUUGUCAAUUGUUGGACGGUCGAUUGCUGUUGGAAUCUUUUGGGUUGACGCUGGACCGUGGAGAAAAGUCGCGGUGUUUGAAGGGUUAUGUGCAGGUGUGCUUGCUGGAAGUUUGAUUUGGGAGUCUCGAGAUGGGAAACACGAGAAAAGGGAUUGAAGUGAGGGACUCUGAAGGUGAAAAAUAUUCCCAAUACCGAGAUAAACAGCCACAAUUUUCCUCUGGUGGCAGAAAUGCAAUGGAAGAAUGUUCUCAUUUCACUCUAAACGAUACUAUAUCGAAUUCGCUAAUUGAUACCCUUUCACAUCCAAUAAUUCAUUUCAGUCGCGAGUUCUGGGAUUACGCGGAUAAUCAUAUAUAAUG